AUGACAGUAGCUACUAGCAGCACCAAUGUGUCAGAUGCGGAGGACGAUAACUUCCCGCUGACACCUCAAUCCAAGCAAUCCUGCGGCGCAUGUUAUGUCGCCAACCCUUCUGCUGGGAUUGCAUCGCCGACUCCAAAUCGUUCUCCCAAGAUUGACAACACCGACGCUUUCUCUCUUUAUCCCACGAUCACCUCUUUCGAAGAGCAACAUUAUUUUGACAGAUUUUUAGGCAGACCUGUCAAUGACGAGCAUUCACUGGAGAAAGUGAGCCAGAGGGUUCAGGAUAUCUACUCUAGCCAUAUAGGGCGGCUCAGCGCGGACUCUGUUCGCUGUGCUAUUCAUUACAAGGAGGCUGUUCGGGAACGCAAACGCAUGCGCUGGUACACUGCGCGCUGGGAGGUUGCGGAGGUCCAAAGGCUGCACACCCUCCUUCUCUCCUUGCGUGAUGAAUCAGAAACAGAGUUUAUCAUGGCAGAUCGAGAAUCGCGUUGGCUAUUGGACAUUCUUAUUCAACAACAGACACUGCCUGCUACCACUGCACAGGCGGAAUAUGCUGCUGCAACCUGCGACAACGACAAGAAAUCUUUCCUUCUGGCUGAUGCUGAACUCGCCAUACUCGCCGAUCGUUCUACUGAGCAGUAG